AUGGCGCCCACGGCCGUGUCAACCGAGCACGAACGGGAACCCCAGCCGGAGGCGUUGGCGGCUCUGACAUCCAAGUUUGACGACACCCUCCACUUCUACCUCAAUGGCACCAGCGUCGUCCUCGACGAAAUCGAUCCCGAGGUGACGGUGCUCGAGUAUCUUCGCGGCAUCGGCCUGACGGGGACCAAACUCGGCUGCGGCGAAGGCGGCUGCGGCGCCUGCACCAUCGUCGUCAGCCAGUUCAACCCGACGACCAAGCAAAUCUACCACGCGAGCGUCAACGCCUGCCUCGCGCCCCUCGUCAGCCUCGACGGCAAGCAUGUCAUCACCAUCGAGGGCAUCGGCAACACCAAGCGCCCGCACCCGACCCAGGAGCGCGUCGCCAAGGGCAACGGUAGCCAGUGCGGCUUCUGCACCCCCGGCAUCGUCAUGAGCCUGUACGCCCUGCUGCGCAACAACACGGAGCCGUCGGCGGACGAGAUCGAGGAGGCUUUUGACGGCAACCUGUGCCGCUGCACUGGCUAUCGACCGAUCCUGGAUGCCGCCCUGACCUUUGGGGCCGAUGGCUGCUCCAAGCGAAACGGAAACGGAGCCGACCCGAGCGACGCUGGCGACUCGAGCGACGUUGGUGACGGCGCCGCGCCGCGACCGUCAAACGGCACCACCGGCUGCUGCAUGCAAAACGGCAACGGUUCUGCCCCCGCCGGAGGCUGCUGCAUGCAAAAGUCGCUCGACGACGGCCAGCCCAUCAAGCGCUUCACGCCUCCCGGCUUCAUCGAAUACAACCCCGACACGGACCUCAUCUUCCCCCCGGCCCUCCGGAAGCACGAGAUGCGCCCGCUGGCGUUUGGCAACAAGCGCAAGAAGUGGUAUCGUCCCGUCACCCUCGACCAGCUUCUCCACAUCAAGAGCCUGUACCCGCAGGCCAAGAUCAUCGGAGGCAGCACCGAGACCCAGAUCGAGAUCAAGUUCAAGGCGCUGCAGUAUCCCGUCUCCGUCUACGUCGGCGACAUUCCUGAGCUGCGCCGGUACGUCUUCGGCGACGACCACGUCGAGGUCGGCGGCAACGUCGUCCUCACCGACCUCGAGGGCAUCUGCGAAGAAGCCAUCAAGCACUACGGACACGCCAGGGGCCAGGUGUUUGAGGGCAUCCUGAAGCAGCUCAAGUACUUUGCCGGAAGGCAGAUUCGAAACGUCGGCACCCCCGCCGGCAACCUCGUCACGGCCUCGCCCAUCUCCGACCUCAACCCGGCCCUCUGGGGCGCCAACGCCGUCCUGGUGGCCAAGUCGGCCGCCGAGGAGAUCGACAUCCCCAUGAGCCGCUUCUUCACCGGCUAUCGACGGACGGCCCUCAAGCCCGACGCCAUCAUCGCGUCGAUACGCAUCCCCGUCACCGCCGCCAAGGGAGAGUUUUACCGCUCCUACAAGCAGGCCAAGCGAAAGGACGACGACAUCGCCAUCGUCACCGCUGCGCUGCGCGUCAAGCUCGACGACGAGGGGCUCGUCACCGAGUGCGACCUGAUCUACGGCGGCAUGGCCGCCACCACCGUCUCGGCCAAGUCGGCCACGGCCUACCUCGUCGGCAGGCCAUUCGCCGAGCUCGACACGCUCGAGGGCGCCAUGAACGCGCUCGGCGACGACUUUGACCUGCAGUUUGGCGUCCCCGGCGGCAUGGCCUCGUACCGAAAGGCCCUGGCCUUUGGCUUCUUCUACCGCUUCUACCACGACGUCCUGACCAACCUCGACGGCCAGAGCGGCCACGUCGACAAGGAGGCCAUCGACGAGGUCGAGAGGGCCGUGUCCAAGGGCACCGUCGACGGGCAGUCGUCGGUCGCCUACGAGAAGGAGGUCACGGGCAAGGCCAACCCCCACCUCGCGGCGCUGAAGCAGACGACGGGCGAGGCGCAGUACACGGAUGACAUCCCGGCCCUGAAGAACGAGCUGCACGGCUGCUGGGUCCUGUCCUCCAAGCCCCACGCCAAGAUCAAGUCGAUCGACUACUCGCGCGCCCUCGCCAUGGCCGGCGUCGUCGACUACAUCGACAGCCGCGACAUGCCCUCGGCCGAGGCCAACAAGUUCGGCCCGCCCCACUUCGACGAACGCUUCUUCGCCGAGGGGGAGGUGCACACGGCCGGCCAGGCCAUCGCCAUGGUCCUGGCCACGUCGGCGCUCAGGGCCCAGGAGGCGGCGAGGGCCGUCAAGGUCGAGUACGAGGAGCUGCCGUUCAUCCUGACCAUGGAGGAGGCGGUGGAGAAGGAGAACUUCCACCCGAUAUACCGCGAGAUCAAAAAGGGCGAUGCCGAGGCCGCCUUCAAGGACUGCGACCACGUCUUCACCGGAACCGUUCGCAUGGGCGGUCAGGAGCACUUCUAUCUCGAGACCAACGCCUGCUUGGUCGUGCCGAAGCUCGAGGAUGGCGAGAUGGAAAUCUUUGCGAGCACGCAGAAUCCGAACGAGACUCAAGUUUUCGCGUCGAGGGUCUGCGACGUGCCGGCGAACAAGGUCGUCGUGCGCGUCAAGAGACUCGGCGGCGGCUUCGGUGGCAAGGAGACGCGGUCCGUCAUCCUCAGCUCCGUCGUCGCCCUCGCGGCCAAGAAGACGGGCAGGCCCGUUCGCUGCAUGCUGACGCGCGAGGAAGACAUGGUGACCAUGGGCCAGCGGCACCCCUUCCUGGCGCGGUACAAGGUCGGCGUCAACAACGACGGCAAGAUCCAAGCGCUCGACUGCGACAUCUUCAACAACGCCGGCUGGACGCUGGACCUCAGCUCGAGCGUCGUCGAACGGGCCAUGACGCACUCGGACGGCUGCUACAACAUCCCCAACGUCUUCGUCCGCGGCCGAUGCUGCCGGACCAACACCAUGUCCAACACGGCCUUCCGGGGCUUCGGCGGCCCCCAGGGCAUGUUCAUCGCCGAGACGUACAUGGAGGAGAUCGCCGACCGACUCGGCAUGCCCGUCGAGCGGCUGCGGGAGGUCAACUUUUACGAGCCGCACGGCGUCACGCACUUUAACCAGACCAUCGAGGACUGGCACGUCCCCCUCAUGUACCGGCAGGUUCAGGACGAGUCCAUGUACGCGGCCCGGAGAGGCAUGAUCGGCCAGUUCAACGACGAGUACAAGUGGCGCAAGAGGGGACUGGCCAUCGUCCCGACCAAGUUCGGCAUCUCCUUCACCGCCCUCUUCCUGAACCAGGCUGGGGCGCUCGUGCACAUCUACCACGACGGCUCCGUCCUCGUCGCCCACGGCGGCACGGAGAUGGGCCAGGGCCUCCACACCAAGAUGACGCAGAUCGCGGCCCAGGCCCUCGGCACGCCGCUGGACAACGUCUUCAUCUCGGAGACGGCGACGAACACGGUCGCCAACGCGUCGGCGACGGCGGCGUCGGCGUCGUCGGACCUCAACGGCUACGCCAUCUACAACGCGUGCCAGCAGCUCAACGAGCGGCUCGCCCCCUACCGGGAGAAGCUCGGUGCCGGCGCGAGCAUGAAGGACCUCGCGCACGCGGCCUACUUUGACCGCGUCAACCUCUCGGCCCAAGGUUUCUACAAGACGCCCGAGAUCGGGUACACGUGGGGCGAGAACAAGGGCAAGAUGUUCUUCUACUUCACGCAGGGCGUCGCCGCCGCCGAGGUGGAGAUUGACACUCUCACCGGCACGUGGACGUGCCUCCGGGCCGACAUCAAGAUGGACGUCGGACAGUCCAUCAACCCGUCCAUCGACUACGGGCAGAUCCAGGGCGCCUUCGUCCAGGGCAUGGGCCUGUUCACCAUGGAGGAGUCGCUCUGGCUGCGCAACGGGCCGAUGGCCGGCAACCUGUUCACGCGCGGGCCGGGCGCGUACAAGAUCCCCGGCUUCCGCGACAUCCCGCAAGAGUUCAACGUGUCGCUGCUCAAGGACGUCGAGUGGAAGGAGCUGCGGACGAUCCAGCGCAGCCGAGGCGUCGGCGAGCCGCCGCUGUUCCUCGGCAGCGCCGUCUUCUUCGCCAUCCGCGACGCGCUGCGGUCGGCUCGGCGAAAGAACGGCGUCGAGGCCAAGGUGGGCGACGACACGUGCGAGGGCCUGCUGCGGCUCGAGAGUCCGGCGACGCCGGAGAGGAUUCGGUUGGCGUGCGAGGAUGACAUUAUGCGUCGGGCGAGGGUGGCGCCCAAGGAGGGGGAGAAGAGCUUCUUCGUCGCCAUCUGA